UCGUUUCUUUUAUCAGAUCCGACAUUCUGUUGACUGAGUUACUUUACAUCUAUUUUGUUGUUUUUCUUCUUUUCCCUCCAGUGCGUUUUACAAUCUUGGGCGUGACGUUUGCAACAGGGAUGAGAAACUCCAUCCUCAUUCGUCUGUUCACCGUUCUGUCCGUUUUCGCCGUCGUGAUGACGUCAUUGCACCUGAUGCUGCAGAUGAUCGAAACUGGACUGUUCUCUCGAGUAGACGUAACCAAGAACCUGUUACGAUACAAAUAUCUGAUGGAAAACGAGACUUUUGCAGCUGCAUAUUAUGGUUCCCUUGACCAGAGCAAGCUUCGAAGGCAAUCUGGUCAUUCAAGUUUCCCCAGAAUGCCUCCUCCUUUACCUCUCUUGAGAAAUCUUUCGUCGAAGGUGGAGGCGUUUCUAGAAGAACCAGUGAUAAACCCUCAUCCUUACGGGUAUCUGCACAACCCAGAGAUGAUGUGUGGCGAGAAACAUGUGGACAUUCUGUUUGUCAUCCCGUCAGCGCCUGAAAAUGUUUGGAAGAGGCGUAAGGUUCGGAAAUCUGGACUGGGACUCUAUUCACGUCUCAAGUCGUUUAAAAGUGUGAGCGUCGUCUUCUUUUUGGGCCUUCCUGAUGCUCACAAAAAGCAAGCCAAUCUGACGCAAACCAUAGUCUGUGCCGAGGCGGAGAAGUACGGAGACAUCGUACAAGAAAAUUUCACAGACGUUUACCGGAAUAUUCGCCUGAAAGCCGUAUCAAUGCUUAGAUGGGCAGCUACGUACUGCUCAAACGCCAGCUACGUCAUCAGGAUGGACGAUGACGUAGCUAUAACUGUGAACGUCAUCCUUUCCUCCAUCAAGAUUGUGGGCAGUCGUUAUGACAACUUUGUCCUCGGAGACGUAAAAAAGGACUGGGGACCCUCUCGCUACGCCAAAAAUAAAUAUUACGUCACGAAAGCAGAGUUCGCCAAUGACACGUAUCCGCCAUUUGCUCUUGGUGGUUUGCUCGGCUAUCCCCUCAAGACUGUUCGACUUCUUUUCGAAGCCUCGUUGCGAGUAAAACCGUUAUGGCUGGAUGAUGUGUACAUCACGGGUUUGUGUGCACCGGAAAUUGACGCUGUUUUGGUCAGUGAUAUGGGAUUUAGGUUUCGGCACUUGAAAGAAGAUGUUAACGGGCUAAUUUAAGUAUAUUUCUUGUGAUAAAUAAAAACAAC